CUAGUUGUUGAAACGGGCUGCUAUUGAGGAGGUAGGGUUUAUAAGCUGUAAACCUUUAGAAAACAAGGAGACGACAGUAUUUUAAAGUGCCAAUAUUUUUGUAAAUGCAGCGACUUUGAUACUGUUUUUUUUGGGUAUAGGUCCAAAUAAAUCCAAAUAUACUUUUCCUAGAAGCUUGGUAUGGCACAGUGGGCUUGAAGAAACCAUUUGGAGUACAAUGCCAAGACAGUAUAUUGACUCCAGUUCAGAAACAAUGGAAUGUCAGAUUGCCUCCAAAACUCGGCUGCAUUUUGGUAUGAAUGGAAGCCACGACGGCCUCAGAAAAAAUUCUCUUUCACAGAGCUCCACUCUUGAGGAUGAUGCCCUAAAGUCCCUGACCCAUGAGGAAAAGGAGUGCCUAAUGUUCUUUGAGGAAACCAUCGAUUCUUUGGAAACUUGUUUGGAAAAACAAGACCUGUGUUCUGGGGACAGUACUGCUGUGAAUGACAGGUCUACCCCGACUUUUAUAGAGGAAAGAGCUCCAAGCCCAAAUGCAGAAAUCAUUGAUCUGGUUCAAAUAAACCCUGCACAAGCAGAAUAUGGAAAUACUAUUAACCAUUCCCCAUUGCCAGUUGAGAAGAUCUACACAAAGCAGCGGGAUGAAUUUAAACUAAAACAAGAGAUAACUGAAAACGACCACCCUUUAGACUAUUACCCUCCUCCUCCGCCUAUGGUAACAUCUCCAAAUCGGGACAGACCCUUGCCAGACACUCUGACAGACCACAGCCAACACUCAUUUGCUUUUUUUCCCCCUAUAGGCUCUAUUCCCACUCCUGUCGUAAUUGCCCAGAAGAUUGCAGAGAGACAGGCAGGGAACGGGAACACGUCUCCAAACUCAAUUCAGUAUGACAGGAGAAGGAGUUUUGAGAGGGACAAAAGCCCUCCCUUAUCUGCUGAUGACUUGGGCAAACUAGGGACUGUUCCAAAGCCUGGUAGGUUUCCAAGCAACAUCAUUAUCCUAGGGAGUGGCAAGGAAUGUAACCAGACCAUCUCAAAAGCCUCUGUCAAUGUGCAGGAACGCAAAGUACAGAUGCUAGCCAACCUAACCGGGGCUCCUCACUUCUCUCCUGAACUGGAGGAAAUUGCAAUGAGAAAGGCACCAAACAGGAGAUUAUCCUUUAGAGACCCAGCACCUGAACAAACCAGGACUGAAGCUCUGUCCAAACUGGGUCUCAUGAAAGAGAAGAACGUAACUGAUGACCACAGGCAGACUGGCUACAACUCCAUAUUUGUGAAACCCGGUCAAGUUCUUACAAGCAAAACUCAAACAGUUUCUAAUGAACCUCAAAGUGAUUGCAGCAGUGCCAAAAAAGAAGCUUGGGUUGAUCUGUAUGUGCAGGGUGAUUACAAGCCCAUGAUUGUGAAACCAAGCCAAGCCUCUCCUAGCAAAACUGAGGCAUUGUCUGAUGGACCUCCAAAUGAUCAAAACAUUGCCAAAAAAGGAGCCUCUGCUGAUCACCAUGCGGGAAUUGGUUACAAGUCUGUGGUUGUGCCUCCGAGUUACAGUCCUUCAAUCAACACUGAGAUUAUGUCCAACGCACCUCAAAACAGUGACAGUAGUGCUGAAACAGGAGCUCUGCCUGCUUACUCUGGGGUGAAGUCAGUCACAUUUGAACCGAACUCUCGUUCCACAGGAAUGUUUUCUCACCACAAUGGAUCCAAGAGUUUUAGUGGAAACAAAAGCUCGUUCCUAGACAUAAAGAGGACUUGCUCUAUGCCCACAACAUCUGGUUUUAGACCACAAGGAGUUACAGUUCAGUUCUCUGGCCGCGGUUCCACUGAUGAAUCAAGAAGGGAAGCCCUGAGAAAACUCGGUCUUCUAAAGUAAAAAAAAUAUUUCUUUAUUGGAAACAGAAAUAUACAUACUGUAGAGUGUGUGAUUUUUGGGUCAACAGGUGCAGUGGUGUAGUCAUGAAAAAAUCUGAAAAACAGGCAUUGAAAACUGGAUGAUGAAAAUGGAGAUUUUACUGCAUCCUGCCACCUUUCAGGGUUUACCAAAAAGACCUAUCUGAAUAAUUUAAUUACAUCUGUUACUAUGCAACUUUGUGUAUAUAUAUAUAUAUAUAUAUAUAUAUAUAUAUAUAUAUAUAUAUAUA